AUGCAGAAGCAUCAGACACAUCAUCGAAGACAUUGGAAUAGGGACUUGGCAGCAUGUGAGACGGACAACAAACGAAGCAACUCAUAUUAUGGCUCAUAG